AUGGAGGCAGGUCCAGGGGCUGAAGUCAGCACCAGGGGCAGCAGUGCACUGCCAAAUGCAGAGAAGAGCGCAUACCUCUACUCCACAGAAAUCACACCGUGGACCGUGGUGGCUGCUGUUCAGGCCUUGGAGAAGAAAGUGGAUUCUUGCCUGGCCCGCUUGCUGACUCUGGAGGGAUGCACAGGCACAGCCGAGAAGAAGCUGGCUGACUGUGAGAAGACAGCUGUGGAGUUUGAUUACAUCAUCUCCAAACCAGACAUACUUACCCAGAUAGAGAGGGGAGAAAAGCCUUGUCCUGCAGGCCCCUGGGGCCAGGAGAAUGGGAGUGAGGAGGAGACAGAAUGCUUAAGGAAACCAGACAUCGGCAUUUCUCUGAGUCCAGAGCAGGCCCCAAGUCCAGCUGGCCUUGCCCAGGAGGAACCAAAUCCAAGGCAGACACCUGAGCAGCAGCAAGAGGAGACAGGCAUGACGCCACCUGAGCCAGGCACUGCCUGGAGCAAGACCUGGAUCAAAUGGCGAGGGAAGCCCUGUGGUCCUCUUGGAACCAGUAAUGAUGCCAUUGCUGAGGGUGGUACUCUGACCAUUAAGACAGAAGCCCCAGCUGAGGACAAACCUGAGAAGCACCUUCUGGAGUCCUCAAGCCAGUCCAUAUUUAGAGUCCACAAAAGACUCAGGAUUAGGACUAGAGGCCAGAGACAGCAUCACAUCCAGGGAGUGCCUAGGGUGUGGAUUGGGGAACCCCAGCAGCAGGCAAUGGGAGAGCUACCCUGUAUCCUUCCUCUACCAUGGAAGCAGGCAUUCCCAUGCCCUGAAUGUGGGCAGAGCUUCCACUUGAAGAUCAGUCUGACAAUCCUUCAGUGGACCCAUGUAGAAAAGGAACACAGGGAUGCUUGGAGUCGCUUGCCUAUUAGGUUAGGGAAAAGCCACUCCAGACUGGCUAGAGAAGUGGUGGUGCUGGGCCCUGUCAUCAGCUGGCUACCUGAGGAGUCCACCAGCCACCAGUCCCUAACAAGUCAUGCCUUUCUGGGACAAAGGCCAGCAACUAAGGUUUACUACUGUAGCAAAUGCCUGCACUCCUUUCAGCAAUGGAAGAGCCUGGUACUGCACCAGCAUCAGCACACAGGCAAGAGGCAGGGCUGAUCUGCCUGUCCCUACUGUGGCAAGACCUUCCACCAGUCCUCAGACCUCUUUCACCAGCGCAUCCAUACUGCUGAGCGUCCCUAUCAGUGCCCUCAGUGUGGCAAGACCUUUAACAGGAACCACCACCCGACUUCCCACAUGCAGACUCAUUCCUGAGACCAGACAAUCCUGCAUUUCCUCUUGCCUUCUG